AUGGCUCACGACUCUGUAGAACAACUGUAUCGUGGUCCUGAUGAAGAAAACGUCAUGAAGCUUGCGGCGAACGCCCUUGACCUCAAGGAGGCCUGGCGAGCCUUGCACUGCCUAUAUCGUAGCGGGAAGCGUGAUAAUGAGGGUGCCCCUAGCUGGACCCUCUUGUGCCAAAACUCGUACAUUCAAGGAAAUGUUGGCGCAAAUCAACAUAUCCAUAGAAAACCCGUUGAAUACCGUGGUUGA